AACACACCACAAAGUCACCAUUUUAUGACAGUCGUAUACCUGAACUUGACAUUUUGUAACUUAUUUCAUGUUAUAGGUUCACGUGGUAUUCAAUUGAAAAAUGGAUUUUGCCAAAAGUUUGUUAAUGAAAUAUGGCUGGAAAGAAGGUCAAGGUAUCGGUAAAAAUGAGAAUGGAAUAAAAACUCCAAUUAAGGCAAAUUUAAAAUUUGAUAAUACGGGACUAUGCUAUGACAAAGCUACGGAGUUCACUGAUCAUUGGUGGGAAAGGGCCUUUAAUAGUGCUGCAGAAAAUUUAAAUGUGGAAAAUACUGCUGAAACUGUACAAUUAUCGCUUAAGGACGAGUCUGUUGAGAUAUCGACUAGUGGCUUUUCGAUGAAAAGGUUGAAAGAAGAACAGAUCAAUGCAACGCGUGAAAAUAACAAUGGUAAACAUAAGCCAAAUUCAAACCUUGGUUCCAACUUAACCGACGAUGAUAUAUUAAAGGCUUGCGGUGGUCGUACUGCACAUAAGGGAGCUCGUCAUGGACUCGCAAUGAGUGGAAAACUCAGUCGAAUUGAUGCACAAGAGCAGCAAAUGUUGAAGAACAUUGCAAUAAAUACAAACACUGCACAAGAUAUAUUCAAAGAUUGGGUUGUAACAACGAAAAAGAAUAAGAAGCGUAACAAGAAAGACACCAAUGAGGUAGAUGAAACUGCAUAUAGUCUGCUUGAUUCCGAUUUAGCCGACCAAGACUAUAAAAUACACUACAAAUCCAAAAAGAAAAAGAAACAACACCGUCAACGAGAUGAAGAUUUGGCAAAUUCAUUAGGUAAAUUAGAGUUCGAGUCAUAUACCAGUUCGAAAAUACAUAAUAUCCAGAACACUCCUAAAACUGUUAAAAAAAAAAAUCGUUCGAAAGUGGACAGAUGCCUUAAGAAUGCCCACAACAAGACUGAAGCAGAAAUUGAUUCUGCAAAUUAUAAAUUUAAAUAUAAGAAUUUGAGACAGAAAGAACGAUUGAACGCCUCAGAGAAUCUAUCAAGUAGAAAUGAUAAAGAUCUGUUGAUUGAUGAAAUCGAAACUGUCAUCCAAAAACAUCCAGACAACAAAUUCAAAGUUGUACCCAACGAGCUCACACAGUUGAAACAAUCUGGACUAACGGUGAAAUCAAAGAAAAAAUCAAAAAAAAUUAAGAAACAGGAAACCAAGGAAGUAAAAAAAUUAGGAAGAAAAUUGAAAGAAUUGUAUUUUACGAAUGAAAUAAAAUUAAAAUAAUGUACUUUACUUAAGUACAACCUUAA